ACCCACUCACCCUACUAGGCUAAGAACGUUUUGAGGCAUUCAAUCAGCACGUUCAAAGGCAGCUUCCUCAUUCAAUGCAAUGCUUGCAUUUUAAUGAAUAACCAUCUAAACCUCACCUCUAACCCAAUAAUGCUCUUACAUAAGAAACUCUUUGCGCCAAAAAACUAGGCUUAGAUUAGAAUUAACGCGAGCCUUGCGGUAGGCGUUUGCGAAAGUAAGGAUGAGUUUUUCCCGUUCGGGAUUCACGCAUGCGCUGAAACCGAGACGCCAUUCUCACUUUCACUGCACCACAACGUGAGAUGUUUUGACGUAUGAAAGUCCGGCCGAUUGGACCGUAAUGUGUUCUUGACACGAAACGUUAAUUCGGGAAUGAAACCCGGGUGUGAACUUAGCCUUAUGACAGUGAAGUGUUAUAGAUUAAUUGAGACUGAUGUGCCACAUUUCAACCAUAGUUUUUUAGAGAAAUAAUGUGCCUUAAAAUCUUCCUCCAAUAGUAACCUACUUUAGUAUCAGAUCUUUUAUACCUAUCCAGUUAUAUAAACCAGGCAUAAUUAAUGUCCAGCGACAGUACCAUCCAGAACAUACGUAUUUCGUGGUCCCGAGAAGCUUCUGUCCAUAAAAACUAAAUUUAUUAUGAAUUUAUAUGAUCGCGAAAAUUUACAACUAAAUUAAGAGUGAAUAUAAAAUCCAACACUGCCUUAUCGAGUAUGUAAAAUGGCAAGUUUAUGAGAGCGCUUUAACAUAUUUUUAGUAAUUUUACUUCACGAAUGCCAAAAUAAUUGUUUCCAAAUUGCCAAAGCCUGAUGCUGCCCAAAACCCCACUCGGGCCUAAACCCAGCGCUACAAAAUAAAAUUCCAAUCGAAUAUGAAUAAAUGCGCCGCGCUUUUAAAUAAAAACCACGUCUAAGGGAACACUCGCACCAAUACGAUUCCAAUCAGUUCUGGAAUAAAAGAAACAUAGUGCAGUGUGAAUGUGGGAAUGUCAGUGUGGGUGGGAAGCGGCCGCGCGGGCGGCGGACUCGCGCCGCCCGUCACCACAGCCCCGCUGCUCUCCACCAACACGUCCAUGGAGUCCGGGAUCGAGGCCGGAGUCCUGCCCACGGUCACCGGCUCACUGGCCUCGGCACGAGACUCACUGGGCUCGCUGUCGAGGGCCGCCGAGCCGCUCUAUGACACGGAUCAUACGGAUCUCGGCUCGGAGUUGGACGAGGCGGAAAUCCGAAGGGAGUUGAUGCAUGACAAAUGGCGGUUGCUCUUUGAUAGGUUUGACCCUGAAGGCUUUGGCGAGAUCCCCUGGCCCGACUUCUUGGUUACACUACAGAACCCUGACUUCAAAGCGCAAGUGCCGCCCCACAAACAAGAGAUCCUUCUGGACAAAGCUCAGAGUGCAACUAGUGAUUCCAUCACGUUUCAGGAGUUCGUCAAUGUGAUGAGCGGCAAGCGCACGCGCAGCUAUAGAUGCGCUGUGCACCAGCGCGACCGCGAGGUCAGCUCCGAGAACGACUUCCGACUGCUGCUUGAAGACCCGACUUUCUUUGCCAGGAUGGUGCACUUAGUCGCAAUGGAAGUGCUUCCUGAGGAGAGGGAGCGGAAAUACUACCAGGAGCGGUAUACAUGCUGCCCUCCGCCGCUGUUCAUCAUCUGCGUCACACUCCUCGAGCUGGGCGUUUUCGCAUGGUACGCGUGGGGCGCGGGCGGCGUGGCGGCGGCGGCGGGCCCCGUGCCCGUGGACUCGCCGCUGGUGUACCGGCCCGACCGCCGCCACGAGCUGUGGCGGUUCCUCACCUACAGCGUGGUGCACGCCGGCUGGCUGCACCUGGCCUUCAACCUGCUUGUACAACUGGCGGUCGGUUUACCGCUCGAAAUGGUCCACGGAGCGCUCCGCUGCGGCGCCGUGUACCUAGCAGGCGUCCUCGGCGGCUCCUUGGCCGCCUCCGUGUUAGACCCGGACGUGUGUCUGGCGGGCGCGUCGGGCGGUGUGUACGCGCUCUUAGCGGCACACCUCGCCAACGCGCUGCUCAACUUCCAUGCGAUGCGGUACGGUGCUGUGCGGCUGGUAGCCGCGCUGGCGGUCGCGUCGUGUGACGUGGGCUUUGCGGUCCACGCUAGGUAUACUAAGGAAGCGCCACCAGUAUCAUACGCGGCGCACGUAGCGGGUGCGCUCGCCGGUCUCACAAUAGGAUUACUAGUGCUCAAACACGCUCAGCAGCGACUAUGGGAGCGGCUACUCUGGUGGGCGGCGCUCGGGGCCUACGCGGCCUGCACGCUGUUCGCAGUCCUCUACAACGUGUUCAGUGCUCCUAUAGACGAACUCCACUACAUGCCCCCCGACCCGCCGCCUGAUGCAGGCUUCUGACCUGGCUACCGUCUGACUUAGGCGACCUUGAAACGCGCUAUUUGACCUAUAGAGCGAGAUAUCUGGAGCUUUUGCGGACUGUUUGUAAGUCGAUAGUUUGAUAUUGAUUAGUCUUCUCGGAAGCCUUGACGUUUGAUAAAAUAUUAAAAUGUUGAUAAUUUACAGCGUAAUAAUUUAUCAAACGCCGGCUUAGAUUGUAGGCGUUUCGAGAUUAUUUUCCGCCUAAGUUAUAAUUCAUGUAAGUCGAAGCCCGAGUAACGCAACCAGUGCGACCCACUCACAACGCCUAGUCAAUUUACCUUAGUGUGAUUCGCGAUAAGUAGCAUUAUUUGAGGAGGUUAGUUUCAUUUAGUCUUACACGCCGUGUAUGUUGUCUAUUCCAGUAAGAUUUAUGAAUCUUUGUUUUUGUAUUGGCCUCGUGAGGUGAUUUGUCCAUUUAUUGGUUGUUAGGGAGUUAAGUCAGCGCCUCCUCGCAUACUUAAUUGUUAAGUAGUGUUAAUUGUACUGGAUAGGUGAACUAUUUUUGUACUAUCUGCGUCCGUAGUGUUAGAGGGAGAAGGCGUUACCGCGACAACACUGUUUCCGUGUGGACUGGCGCUACGACUAAAUGCGUUGAUUUUUAAGUGUAAAAUCGAUUUUUUCGCCAAUAAAAUCACUGUAAUAUUAUAAUGAUCAAUUAAUAAUAGGUAGUCCAUGACAUUGAGUUGUAUUUGAGGGGUUAUUG